AUGGAAAUUUUACGUGCUGAAUCAAACGAAUUUCAUCAUUUAAAAAAUAAUGAUGGUCCAACAGAUUCUUCACCAUUAUCAUCAACAAUUGAUGAUGAUGAUGAUGAUCAUUUUUCAAAUGUGAGUACACAUGAUGAAAAGGUUCAAUCAACUAAUACAAUUAAAAAUGAAAAUGAUGAUAAAACAACAAAUGAAAAUAAAGAUUCUUUAAAUAUAUCACCAAUUAUAAAUCGUUCAAUAUCAACAAUUGAUUAUACACGUCAUCGUGAACGUCUUGCAAAAGAACUUAAAGAUUAUGAAGAUCGUUGGUUAGCACAUAGAAAUUUUCUUCUAUAUACACAAUCAUUUGCAAUGAAACCCGAGGAUCGUGAACGUUUAUUUGCACAAUUAAAUACAACUAAUAGUACUACUACUACUACUAAUCAUAAUAACAAUGAAGAAAAUUCUCCUUUACAUCAAUUACAAAUUCAACAACAAUUAUUUCAUCGUUUAUCAAAAGAAGAGCGAGAUCGAUUUUUAGCAGUUGCUUUAUAUCAACAACAACAACAACAACAACAACAAAAUCCUUAUAGUUUUCAUUCAUAUCCAUGGACAAAUCCAACAACUCCAUCAAUUCUUUCUCCAACAGCAAAUAUUGUUUCACAAAUACAAUCAUCUUCUGAUCAUCAACAACCAAAAUCACCAAGUUCAGAUGAUAGUGGUAAUCAAUCAAAUUCUGGUAGUACAACUGAAUGGACUUUUGAAGAACAAUUUCGUCAGGUAAAUUGAUAUUUAUUAUCUGAUAUUUGAUUGAGUAGAAAUCAAUUAGGUUCCGUCUGACUAUUUCUCUAUCUCUAUCGAGAUCUAUCUAUUGCUUCUGUUUGCACAUCAUUUGGAUUGUGUGCAUCACUCGCUCUUUCUUUUGUAGAACGAACGAGUGUUGAUAGCUUUGAGGCAAUAAUUAAUUGAAAUGUUUGGUAUAUAUAUAGAUUGGGUACCACAAGAGAUGUAACAAAAGCUCAUUCAUCUAUGCUCUUUUUCAUAAGUAGCACUUAUCUAUUAUUGAAGACACACGAGUUAAGAGAGAAAUCAAAAGCACAUCUAUCUUCUCUCUUCAUCUUGCACAAUAAUUUCAUAGGUUAAAUAUAUCAAUACAUCUAUCAAAGGUAGAUCAAGGCAAA